AUGUGUAUAUUGCAAGAUACCAAGAGCAUGGAGUCCAAAAAAAUACAAGGGCAGAGUAUAAAUACCAAUAAGAAGAAUGAUCAAUUAUGUUACAAUAAUGAGAAACUCUCCAAGUAUGUAUAUUAA